AUGGCGAGGCAUCGCCGUGGCAGAGGGCGCCGCGGCGGCCGCCAGUCCAACCCGCCGGUCGAUCAGGCGCGGGACUCCGGCAGCAACGGGCGAGACGAGGCAAACCCGAGCGGCGCUGAGGCGGGGAACCGCAACGAGCACCGCGACGACGACCCCUCGCGCGUCGGCCAGAGCCCUCCCGCCGAUAUCCGCCAAGCUGGGCCAACCCUCGGGAAGGAGGCCGCCGCGCCGCUGUGGAAGGAGUUCGAGGCGCUCGGCAUCCACGUCCGCCGCGCCGAGCCCGUGUUCCCUCCGCGACCAGGGUACGGCACCGAGGGGAUGCCGUGCGUCGUCAGGGCCAACCGCUUCCUCGGCCGCCUCGUCGACGAGGGCCUGCACCAGUACGACGUGACCAUUUCGCCGGAGCCGACGCCCAAGGCCGCGUACAGGGAGGUCAUGACGAAGCUGGUGUCCGAGAACCAGCACACGGAGCUCGGCGGCCGCUUCCCCGCGUACGACGACCGCGACUCGCUCUUCACCGCGGGCGCGCUGCCGUUCGACACCAAGGAGUUCGAGGUCACCCUCUCUGCAGGCGGCGACAAAAAGAUGGACAGGAGGUACAAGGUGGUGAUCAACCAUGCCGUAACGAUUAGCCUGCUACAGCUGAGGAUGCUGUUGGCGGGCUACCCCACGGACAUCCCCGCGCAGGUGCUGCUGGUCCUCGACACCGUGCUGCGUGACGUCGUCUCCAACGAGCGCAAUGACAUGAAAUGCGCCGCGAUUGCCACAAAGGAUCGUACACUGGGUGUUGACGCAUGGAAGGGGCUCUAUCAGAGCAUCAGGUCAACACAGAACUGCUUGUCUCUGAUUUCAGAUGUGUCCUCAUCUGUUUUCGUUCAACCCUUGCUAUUGAUUGAAUUCGUUCAGAAGAUCCUAAAGAUGGAUGUCGUGGAUAGAAACUUGACUAAACCUGAGUAUGACAAGCUCUUGAAGGUCCUCAGGGGUGUGAGGAUUGAAGUCACACACCUAGGAGAUAAUAGACGCCGUCAGUACAGAAUUGCUGGUUUGUCAGUGAAUCCUACUAAUGAUUUGAGUUUUCAAUCUAGUGGAGCCACAACGACAGUCAUUAAUUACUUCAGAGAAAUAUACAGCCUGGACCUGAAAUACAAAUCUCUCCCAUGCAUCAUCGCUCGCAGCGAGCAGAAUCCAGUCUAUCUUCCUAUAGAGGUUUGCAAGAUAGUUCCCAGGCAGUGUUACCAGAAGAAGCUGGAAGCUAGUCAGGUUUCUACUCUAAGGAAGUCAGCCUGCGUCCAUCCUGAACCGGAGCAAUCCUGUCAUCAGAUUGUUGAUAAGGAGCAGUACAGACGCACCAAACGUGCAAAUGAUUUUGACAUAGAAGUUGAUGACAAUCUUGCAACAGUUGAUGCUAGAGUUCUGCUGCCUCCAAAUCUUAAGUAUCAUGAUUCUGGAUCUCAGAAGACGGGGUUUCCAAUGAAUGGGUACUGGAAUAUGAAAGACAAGAAAGUAAUAAAUGGUGCAAAUAUCAGCAACUGGGCAUGUCUUAACUUCUGUGAAGAUUUAUCCGAGAAAGAUAUUAAGGAGUUUUGCUUUAAGCUGGCUGAAAUGUCUCGUACUACUGGAGUGGAAUUUGCCAAUUUGAAGUUCCCAAUAUUCACUGCACGUCCAGAUCAAGUUGAAGAUGGUAUUCGUAAAUGCUAUCAGGAAGCGAAGAACAAGCUGAGGCAUCAGAAGAUUGAUUUACUGCUUGCUAUACUACCAGAUAAAAAUGGCAGUUUAUAUGGAAAUAUUAAAAGGAUCUGUGAGACAGAUAUUGGUCUCGUGUCACAGUGUUGUCGAAGGUCAAAUGUCUUCACGGAAAAUAGUCAGAUAUUGGCAAAUAUUGCUAUUAAGAUCAAUGCCAAGGCUGGAGGAAGGAACUCAAUAUUCGAUGACGUGCAGAAGAGUUUACCGGUUGUUUCAAACAAGCCGACGAUUAUAUUUGGUGCUCAUGUUUCUCACCCUUCUAAAAAAAAAGAUGGUUCUGCUGCCCCUUCGAUUGCUUCUGUCGUUGCAUCCCAAGACUGGCAUGAGGUGUCUAAGUAUAAUAGUGUUGUUCGUGCACAAGGUCACACUGAAGAGAUCAGUGGCCUUGAAGACAUUGUCAAGGAGCUCCUUCAUGCAUUUGCAAACGAGUCCAACAAGAAGCUCCAGCAGCUGAUAUUCUACAGGGAUGGCAUAAGUGAGGGUCGGUUCAAACAAGUUUUGGAGAAAGAAAUCCCAGCGAUAGAAAAGGCUUGGAACACACUGUAUGAUAAUGAGAAGCCACAAAUCACCUUCAUUAUUGUGCAGAAGAGGCAUAGACUAAGGCUGUCCCCCAUGGACAACAAAUAUAAGCUCCGUUCUGUUGCGAAGAAAAUUGUUGAGCCUGGCACAGUGGUUGAUAGUGAGAUCUGUCACCCAGCAGAAUUUGAUUUCUUCCUUUGCAACCAAGCUGAUGUCAAAGGACCAAGGCGUCCUGUGAAGUACCUUGUGCUGCGAGAUGAUAACAACUUCACGGCUGAUGAACUGCAGGCUCUCACAAAUAACCUGUGCUACACUUAUACAAGCGGCACUCGGACGGUGUCGAUCGCUCCUCCCGCAUUCUACGCCCAAAAGCUCGCACAUCGUGCCCUCGCCUACCUCGCCAAAGGCUCUGACACGGCGUCAGCGUCAAGCUCCAGCAGUGCAGCUGCUCCUGGCGCUGGCCCGAAGCAACUUCCAGAGAUAAAGAACGAGCUGAAGGGGUCCAUGUUCUACUGCUAG